AUGAUGAAAUUAAAAUAAGCUUAUUUGAUCAAAAAAUUGUUCCUAAUUAAAUAAAAUAGAAAAAUGAAUGAUUAAUAAAGAAUACACAUCAUUCUUAAUCAUUUCCAAAACAUGUUGAUUCACUAUUUAAAAGUGUUCAAAUAAUAAAUAAAGAAUUCAAAUUAUAUAUUAUUGUAAAAAUUGAACAUAAGAUUGCUUGGGAAUUUCAGAAGAUCAGUUAUAUUGACUGGUGAAGUUUUGUUUAUACAAAGGUACUUUAAUUUGUCUAUUUAGGUGGAUCAUUAAGAAGGUAAGGUAAAUAUGA